CUCUUUGUCUCUUUGGCUGGCCACAAAUUACCCGCUUUCUGUGUUGAAUGUUUUUCGAUUUUCAUUUUCGAUUUUCGGAGCGGAUGAAAUAUCGAAAUAAUCGAGCGGAAAACAAAAUUGCAAUACAAUUUUUUUUGUUUAACUAAAACCGCUUUUUUGAUACAAGAAGAAAUUAAAAAGAAAAAAAUUAUAAAAUUUGCAAGUGGAAAGAAAAAACACAAUCUUAGUCCAGAGAAGCAAACAAAAAAAAUCAAAGAGCAAAAAAACAAAAGAAAUAAAAAUAUUAGCAAAAAACAACAAAUCAUUUGCGGUUUGUUAAGCCACCAACAUCAUCCUCACCAGCAACAACAACAAAUCCAUUGUUUUGGUGAAAAAAAAAGGCUUUGAAAAGCAGCAAAAGAUAAAUUAAAAAUCAAAAAUCCCAAAAUUGUUUUGCCAGCCGGGUGUGUUUUAAGUGCGUGCGCGAAAAAACCCGAAAUUUGUUUAUUACCACCAACCAACCAUCAUCAUCAUCAUCGUUAGCACCGAGACAACAACAAUAGCGAGUGAGUGAAAAACAUAAAAACAAACAAAUGCUGCAGAUGAUGAUAAUGUGCAAAAAUCUUAAAAACAAAAAUUGUUGAAAGUGUAAAACAAGAAAUCAAAAAAAAAACGAAAAAUUAAUUUGUACAUAGCCUAUUGUGUAGCGGUGUGUGUUCGUUUGUGUGUUUGUUUCUCUGUGUGCUGCUGUUUGACGGUGGUGUGCCGUCAUUUUUGCUCCGCAUUGUGCCAAAAUAAAGAAAAGCAACAACUACUACAACAACAUUAACAACUAUAAAUUUAUGGCACUUGUAGAGAAUAAUAAUAAGAAGAAGCAAGACGUUGACGACUGACUAACUAACCACCCAUGGUGGGGAGUCAUCGAAUAGAAGCAAUAACAGCAAACAACAACAACAACCACAACAGCAGGAAAAAAAAGACUCAUAAUCAUCAUCAUUCGAUUCGUACGUCGCGAGACAACACGGCAAUAAUUGAGAAAUAAAUAAAAAAUUUUCAACAAUUUCUUCUUCGUCUUCGUCUUCUACAAAUUUUGUCGAUCAUCGGCAAGGCGUUAUUUGUUGGUCGUGGUCGCCGCGCGGUGUCAUGCUUUUAUUUAUUUUUCCACUUCUCACGCUUGUACUCUGCUCUCCCCAGCCAGAGCAAACCCCCCGUUCCUACGCAAUACAAAAAUUGUUGCCCAAAAACUCACACAAAUAACAACAAGAACAGCAGCUAUAGCAAUAACAAGAACAACAACAACAGCAACUCAUCUCUUAAAAAGACCAUCUUUCAAAGCAAAUUUAUGGGAUUAUUGUGCUUUGUGUUUGAUUGUUGAUGUGUUACGUUUGUUUUUCUUUUUUUCUUCGUGGCUUCGUGUGUUCCUCUUGGUGGUUUCGUUGCGGUGCGUAAAAAGGAGAUGUGGACAGACAAUAUUUUCCUUUUCAUCUUUAUGUGGCGAAUUUAUGGAAAUCCAUCAACAAAAUAAACUCAACACUCGUUGACAAAACUUUCAAAUUAACAACAACACUAACUACAGCAGCCAUAAAAACAACUAAUUUCAGAUGUAAAGCAAAGACAAUAAUUAAAAAAACCGAAAAUUUUAACAACUAUCGUGCUCUGGUGGCGCUUAACGCAAAUAAAAUAAAAAAAUUCAGCCGAUAUAAAAAAAUUCAGCCAAGAAAAGCAAUAUGUCAUUAUUUUAAAUCACUCCAAAGAGAAAAACAAAACUUUGCAAAAAAAAAAAAAUGAAAUAUGACAAUAACAACACUGUGAACAUUUUCCAACGACUUGCUAAAUGUCAAAAUUCUCAAAAAAGAACCACAUUUCCGCUCUGAAUCAAACAGCCAUUAAACUGUGAAUGAUGUUCAGAAACCAGAAAUUCGUUGAAAUCGCAAAUCUAUUAGAAAUAAUUUCAUAAAUUAUAUAAACCGAAGAAGAAAAGCAGACGAAGCAGAAUUUUCUAUAAACACAUCGUAAAAGCCUCAACACCAUCUCGAUCUUGGUCGUAAUCAUCAUCGUUCAUAGAAAAUUUCUUCCAUAUAAAUGCUACUUAUGGCGCCACGUCGCAAUCACAAUACUACCAGCAUAGUAACCCAGCAAACAGUGCAGCCCUCAGCGAAUCCAAAUCAGCAAAGCCUAUCAUCAUCAUCGUCAUCGUCAUCUAACGCCACGUCAUCAUCUGCAUCAUCCACAACGUUAACAGCAGCAGGAUCGUCAGCGGCUAGCUUAUCAUUCUAUUUGGCGGGCAGUCAGACGGCGACAACUCCAUUGGUUGGCAGUCACUUUUAUAGCAACUCAGGGCCCUUAACAACGACGACGAAUACGAAUUCGACGUCGUCGACAACGUCGUUGAUCGAAGAAACUUCGAUUAGCAACGGCCGCAACAUGUCGCCCAUGCAAACCACAAUAACCACCAACAAUAGUAACGGCAACAACCACAACAACAACAACAACAACAGUAACAACAGCAACACCCUGGCCUCAAAUCUAAACAAUAAUACCAACAAUGCGAAAGUUGUGCGCUGCUGUCACCCCAAUGGCGAAUGCUUCAAGGCGGACAUCUCACCGCUCAUCAAUAUGGACGAUCUGUCCGAUUGUGUGAAAGUGAUUUGCAACAAUGAGAACUGCAAUGUGGGCCAAUACAUGCAUCGCGAAUGUUUCGACAAUUGGGAGCAAACGGUGCUGCAGUCCCUCAAGUCGAUGGGGGGACGAGCACGCACCUGGUCUGAUCGCCAGAAGGCCCAAAAUCUUUGGACCAAAAAAGGUUAUGACUUGGUGUACAAGGCAUGUGGCUGCAAAUGUUCGCGAGGACAUUUGCGCAAGGAUUUGGAAUGGGUGGCCCCCAAGGCUCAAUAUCAUCAGAUGAAUGGUGGUCAAAGGAUUAUCAAUGGCAAUGCCAAUGGCGGAGGAGCAGGUCUGCAGCAGCAGCAGCAGGAGGAUGAGGAUAAGAAGAAAAAGAAAAAUAAACGCAAUCGUCAGCAACAACAGCAGCAACAGACUUCGCAAACAGCUAAGAGCCAAACUCUAAACCCUCUGCAAGCCAAUGGCCAACAGGGCACCACAAUGGCUAAUGUUGUGUCCAAUGGCCAUGGCAAUAGCAACAACAACCACAACAACCACAACACCUCAAACACUUCAGCUGCUCAGAACGGUGGCAUGGUGGAAUCGAAAAAUGAACUAAACUCCUCAAGCAACCAUAAUGCAAUCUCCUCCUCAUCAGCAACCUCAGGCGGGCAAUCGAAUGGUGUUGGCCACAAUGUGGGUGUCAUAGGCUCAGGUUUGCAUCAUCAGCAGCAACAUCAGCAAAAUCAAAUGCAAAUGUCGCAGACCAACGCAAACGGCAACGGCAUUAACUCAGCCCUGGUAGAUCUCCCCCCAAAUGUCAUGUCCUCCUUCAAUAAUCUCUUGAAUGGUAACAUUUUGGGUUUGGAUUUGCGCCCACGUACCAAUAGCCUCUCAUCGGCUAGCAAUAGUAACAGUGGCUCCACUUCGCCCUCAGCCAUUUCAUUUUGUAGUGGCGAAUUGACAUUGGUGCCCAGCAGCAGCAGCAAUGGCUGCAGCAACAAUUCUUUGGGCAAUAAUCACAUGGCCAAUGGCAACAACAACAACAACAGCAACAGCAAUCAGUUGGCCACUUUACAAAAUCUAAAUUUGAAUGGCUCCUUUUAUCCUGCUGCCGGUGCAGGGGUUUUAAACCAACAGCAAGCCUCAUUAAUGCAACAACAACAACAGCAACAACAACAGCAAUCAUCUUCAAUAACUAAAAAUAUUCUAAAUGGCUUACAAUCCUCGGGUCUCUUGGGUGGUGGUGUAGGCGUCUCAGCCAUUCCCACCAGCAUUGUCACCAAUAGCAAUGGAUUAACCACAAAUCAAACGACAGCCUCUGUGGUGGCCACCACAGCUCUAUUGUUUAAGCAACAACAACAGCAGCAGCAGCAGCAACAACAGCAACAUCAACAGCAUCAGCAACAAUGUACUGCCGCAACUAUUUUGGCCAAUGGCCUUAAACAUUUGUCACCAUUCGAGCAGCAACAAUUGCUGUUGCAGCAGAAAGUCAAAGAAGUUGAAUUGUAUUCGGAGAGAGUUCGUUCUACAUCUGGCUGUAAUGGUAUUUUUUCACGUCGCUUGGAUUUUUCAUCCUUCAACUUAUUGCCGAAGACCCGUUUGAAUUCCUAUCAAGUUAAGAUUGAAGACGAAGGUAAUCAUGGCAAUGAUGAAACUAGACUCUUCAUUUUAUCUUCACUGGCUCAAUCGCAAAAGAGCCGUGUUGCCUGUAUUUUAUGCGAGGAGCCUAUGUUGGUAUUUGAUCGUUACCCAUUGGUCGAUGGCUCUUUUUUCUUGAGUCCCAAGCAGCAUUCAACGGAUUGUAUUGAGGUAAAAUAUGAAGGGCACUCCUUGUAUUUGACUUGCGUUUGCAUGCGCUGUUUGGAUGGUACUUCUACUCAUCGUAACAUUAGCUGCAGAUUCUGUGGUGAUAAAUGGGACGGAUCAAAUCUAGUCUUGGGUACCAUGUAUGCUUAUGAUAUUUUUGCCGCCAUGCCAUGCUGUGCAGAACGUCUAAAGUGCAAUAAUUGCUUCAAAUUGUUGUUACAUCCACAACAACGUCUCAAUUUCUACAGUGACUACUCGCAUUGUGUCACCUGUCCCUAUUGCGGCAAUCAGGAUACACACUUUGUUAAACCAUUGACAUACUGCUACACCAAAAGCUUGACCGGCCGCCUAUCAGCGAUCGCAUAACAUGAGGCCUCGUUGGAGUUGCCCACACACACAACAGCCGGACAACAAACAGCGGCUGGGGUUACUUCAACGAGCCUCUCGCAGACCCUGGGAUCGUCAUCAGCAGCAGCAGCAAUAGCUCAGUCCAAAGCUGCCAACAACAACAGCUCUUCGGCAGCAGCUGCCAAUAAUAAAAAGGUGGUUUUAUACAAUCCCAACAUUGAUUAUUCGGCACCAUUGCAACAGGACAUUAAUGCUGAACUAAUCGGGUCACAUCCUCAUGCUCAGCAAUAUCACAAGCAUCAAACGGUGCAAUCGCAACAGGCACCAUCAACAUCAUCACAUCAGGUAAGACAAGCUGCCAAUAGCAGCAGCAACAAUACACAAGGCAUGCGUUCCACGGCAUAUGGCAAUCAAGCGGCAACUUCUUCUGCUGCCGCAGCCACUACAACAUCCUCAGGAUCUGCAGCAGCAGCAGCAGCAAAUUCAUUGGCUGCCAAUAAUAAUAACAACAACAACAACACCACCAAUACUAAUAAUACAACAAUUGUUAAUAAUUUAGCAUUAAAGUUAAGUGAACAAUGUAAUGUUAGUAAAUUAAGCACGGCUUCGGCAGCCGCCUCCUCCACAAAUAAUUUUAAUCUAAAUGAAUUUAAUGCAAUGAAGACCCACAAUGUUGCCCUUAUGGCAACGGCAAACACUCAGCCACAGCAGCAGCAGCAGCAGUUGGUAGGACCUCAGUUAGGUUUAAUGCAACAACAACCGCAACAGCAAAAUAACAAUGAUAACAGUAUUAAUAAUUUAUUAAUUAGCAACAAUACCAACAAUCAUUUGAAUUCAUUGAAUAGCAAAGUAUGGUCCUCGCAGCAGCAACAACAGCACCAUCAUCAGCAGCAGCAGCAACAACAAUUGCAGCAGCAACAAAAUUUGAAUUUAUAUCAAACAGCUGGGGGCAAUAAUUUUCCCCUAGACUCUAUGCAUAGCAAUCAUUGCAGCGAGGCCAUGAUUUCCUCUCUAUGGGGCUCAGAAUCCAGCUCUAGUGGCUGCUCUUCGGGUUCAGGCUCCCAGCCUUCGCUGAGUCCCACCCUUUUGAAUUCGGCCCCCAAUUAUCGCAGCAACAGCAAAGAGUCAUUGUGGUCCCAGCAGACCUCUCCCUCGACCAGUAGCUCAGGUUGUGGCAUCCAACUCAGGGAUACCUUUUAUACUGGUUCAUCGAAACUGUCCACCACCAAUACAUCGCCCACCUCCUGGUCGACCAGCAAUAACAACAAUGCCAAUGCCAAUGCCCAUUUGAAUAAUCAUACACAUUCAAUGCUGUACGAUGCCAAUGAAAUGAAUUUCCCCAAAAUCACUAAUAUAUGGGAAAUUCCUUCAGGCCCCACUGCGGGGGGACAACAUGAUUUAUUCAACGAACUGUGGGGCAAUUUCAAUGGCACCUCCUCAGGAGCUGGCAGUAUUGCUGCUGGCGGAGCUUUACAUCAAACCCAGAUGACCGAUAAUAUAUCAGACAUUAGCUCGAAUACAUCAUCGAACAAUGACUGCGAUAUCUGGCGAUCAGCCGCAAAUGGUGUGGGCCACAAUGCUCUAAUGGCUCAUCUUCCUCCCAAUAGUAAUAGCAACAACAAUAAAGCCAUUUUUGGUACAGCUGCUACCAAUCUUAAUAUGAGUGAAAAUAAUACCAGCGGUUUGGGAGCCGCUGCCUGCAUGCAAUUAUUUUCCGAUGAAUUCCUAUUUAUGUAAAUUUUGCAAAAAUAUUUGCUUAAAUUCAGAAUUUUUUUUUAGUGAAAUUUUUUUAAACAUACAAAACUUUAACCUCCCCCCCUACUCCUUUCAAAGAGAUAUAUAUACACACACACACAAAUAUAAAAAACAUACUAUUAUAAAAACAAAAACUAAACACAAUUUUUAGUAAAAACGUUAUAACCCCUUACCUACCAAUACAAACAAAAAAUGUAAGAACAUUUUUUUUUUUAAAACAAUUUUGAUGAAGCAAAAAAAGAUUUUAAGAAUUUUCUUUCGAUUUUUUUGUUUUGUUUUAUUUUUUUUUUUUACAUUUGGGUAUACAAUAAAAUAUACAUUUUUAGUUUUAUUCUUUUAGCAAAAGUAUUUUUUCCAAUAAAUAAUUGUAUAAUUUUUUAUAUAUAUACAAAUUUCUAUAUAUAUAUAAAAUAAAUUUUAUAAAAAAACCCCACAUACUUUUUUUUUAAUUUUUUAUUUGUUGAAUUUUGUUAUUUUUUCGCAGUUUUUUUUUAUUUUAAUUUUUUUAGUAAUUUUAUUUAAACAAAAACUCAGUUUUUAGAAUUUUGUUUUGAAAAACCACCACCAAAAAAAAACACAUUUAAACUUAAAAUCAUAAAAAAACAUCACAGUUUUCUUAUAAAAUUUUAUAGUUUUGUUGGUUUUACCCCCAAACAAAAACCCAACAAAAGAUGUUUUGUUUUCUCUUAAACAAAGAAAAAACAAAAAACAAAAACAAAUGCUGUGUUUUUCAAUAAACAUAUAAAGAAAAAAUUAAAAUGAUUUUUUUUCUAAUAUAAUAUUACUUUGUCUUAUAUAAAAUCAAAGAUAUCUUUAUAAUAAUAUAUCUUUAUUAAUAACAAAAUAAUAUAAAAUCCACAUGAUUUUAGUUUAAGUUUGUUUCCGUUUUUUUAAUUAUUAGUUUUUUUAUUUGUUUCGUACAUCUUUACCUAAACAAUUGGUAAUUAAUAAAAUUAGUUUAUCAUAAUAUGGACGUAAUGAAAACAAAAAACAAAAACUUCACUGAAUUCAUAAUCUAUAUAAAUUAUAAUAAACUUAGCAUUAGGUAACAGCACAGGCAUUUCGUUUGGGAAAAUAAGGGAAACUUAAAAAAAAGUGGAGGCAAAUAAGAGUAGAGGUCUUUAACAAAACUAUUUUUUUAAACUUUAAAAAGUCUUACAUCUGCUUUAAAAUAUAAAAUAAACAAUUCCAAAUUUUUAGAAAAUUAGAAGUGCACACAUGAACAUUUUUAAUAUCAUAUAAAACUUCAGAAUGUUCUUAAUCUAAUGGUCUUUAAAAAACUUUCAAAUCAAUUCGUUUGUUGAUUUGACAACAGUUAAAAAAAAUAUUUGAAAUUAUUAUUACUUAUACGUCUUGGUGGCCCACCUAGUUAUCAUAAUUAAAAUGCAAAAAUAUCUGCAUUUACUACGCACACAUGAUAACUUUUGAAUUAAAAGUAAACCCUAGAUAUGGUCAUGCAGUACUGACUGUACCAAAUUCGGAAAUCAAUUCGUUUGUUAAAAUAACAAAUUAUACAAAUUUAUAUUGGUCAUUAUUAAUGACUCUCGAACAAAAGCCCAAACAUAACGGAAUAUAAAAUGCACUCAUGAUAACCUUUAACUUAAAAUGCAACCUUAGAGGUGUGCUAAUUGUACUGGAUCAACAAAAUUCAAAAAUCAAUUCAUUUGGGGAAAUGAAGAACUGCUCAAGGUAACCGAAACCAAAUUCAAACAUGUACAAACUUCAAAUUCAAAAUUCAAAAAUUUACAAACUUAAGCUGCACACAUUGAAAAAUUUUACUUGAAAUUAAUCCUCACAUUUGUGGUUACUGUACUGGCUUUACGGAAUUCCAAAAUCAAUUCGUUUGUUAAAAUAAAAAUGUUUAUGGUGGCAAAGGUAGCCGAAGCAAAAUAUAGAAAUAUAUGAACCUAGUACGCACUCAUGAUAAUUUUUAACUUCAAAUGGAACCUUAGUUGUGUGCUUACUGUAUUGGCUUUACAAAAUUUUGAAAUCAAUUCGUUUGUUGAAAUGCAAAAUUAUUUAAAUUUUUGUUGUUUAUACUAAAUGGGGGUCAAAGUUGAUGAACCAAAAUGCUCAAAUAUAUGACUCUAGAAUUCACACAUGGGAAUUUUUAAGUUACCUGUGUUAUGUGCUUACUGCACGGGCUUCAUAAAGUAACGAAAUCAAUUAGUUUGUUGAAAUAAAAAAUGUUUCAAAUAUUAAUUGACAAUUCUUCAUGGAGCACAAGGUAGCCUAAAAGAAAUCCAAAAAUAUGUGAACUUAAGUUGCACACAUGGAAAG